CUUUUUUCCCACCCUUUUCCCCUUCUUUCCCUCCCCCAGGCCUGGUGCCAUUAAUUUUCACUUUUACCAAUUAUUCAAUUCCACAUCUUCGUAGCCGGUCUACCUUCAUAAUACUCCAGCUCUACUUGCUCAACAAAUCUUCAAACCAACAAAACACCAAACAACCAACCUUCACGAUCUCAGUCAAUCAAACACAGCUUCUUCAGCAAUCUUUACGUCUAUCCAUUAGCUUGGCUUCGGACGAAUUGAAAGAACUAUCAACAACCAUAAUACCCAUUUCAACAGAAAGAACUUAAACAACUUCACAAUGGCCGCUAUCCAGCUCAACUUUUCCCUCCGCACUUCCUCCAACUGCAAGACCGUGCACUUGCUCGGCUCCUGGGACGGUUACCAGGGUCAGCUCCCGCUCUCCAAGGACUCCAAGAAGUCCGGAGGCUGGACUGGCUGCUUCAAGUUCCAAGGCGCCACCCUCAAGCAAGGUCAGCGAUACUGGUACUACUACAUCAUCGAUGGGUACCACGUCUCCCACGACCCCGCCAAGGACCACACCACCGAGCCCACCACUGGCCGCAAGCUCAACAUCAUCGACAUCCCCGCCGGCAAGUCUGCCUCCUCCACCGCUGACCGCAAGUCCCGCCGCGUCUCCACCGCCACCGUUGCCAAGGGCCGCUCGCUCUCCCCAGAGCGCAUCGUCGCCCCCAAGCCCCAGCGCCCCGGUCAGACCCGCCAGGUCAUCAACACCCAGUACAACAAGACUACCCUCGAGGAGCUCAACCGCCGCUUCGCCCAGCAGUCCGUCGAGGACUCCGACGACUCCGACAACGACUCCGAUGUCCCCUCCCUCACCAGCCGCUCGUCCAACAGCUCCAGCCCCUCCAGCGUCAGCUCCACCAGCUCCUGCUGCACAUGCGAGCGCUUCGGUAUCACCCGUGCUGGUGACCGCGUCAAGCUCGACUGCGGAGGUGCCCGCUGCAGCUACUCUGACGACUCCGAGGACUGCUCUUCCGAGGACGAGUACGUGUACGAGGAGAAGACCACCCGCCGCCAGGGUGUUGUCAUCCGCAACUAAGUGCGAAAAUUCCUGGACCCACUAUUGUAUCGCAUCGAUAUGCCUGCUGCUGUCGGCAUACCGAUUCAAACCUUCUUUUCUGUGCAUAUUAUGAUUACGACUUUUUUCUUUCCUAAUUCGUUUAUUCAAACACUGCCCAUCUACGGCAUCCGCUCUAUUGGAGAUUAUAUAUUAUUGCUGCUGGUAUGGGAGCUGCGAGGAGAUUUUUUUUCUCUCAUGGGGAAGGAACGACGAGGCAGCUGCCACUGCCGUCAAGCUCAACGGACGUCACAUCGGCCCGGAUGUCCACAACACACUUCAAUGCACGCUUAUGUAG